GCCUAAUCUAUCUGAACAUCCAAAUUGCAAAGCAAAACAUGAUUAAUAUGCAUUCUCUUUUGUUCCAUAUAUUCUUCUUGCUUUCACUGCUGUCAAACGCCACUGCUGCCCCCUCCUAUAGACCAGCUGGCUGCCCAAGCAGAUGUGGAAACGUAGAAAUUCCAUACCCGUUUGGUAUCGGGCCAUAUUGUUCUUUGAAUUCACACUUUGAAAUCAUCUGCCUUAAUUCUUCCAACCCUCCAAAACCUUACUUCUUCUUUCAUCAAUUUGAGGUCGUUAAUAUCUCAGAAACCCAAAUCUAUGUUAAGAACGCGACGCAACAACUGGCAAUGGCCUGCUAUGGCAUGACACAACAUCCUCACGACACCAACAUAAAUUUAGAUUUCUCAGAUUCACCAUAUACCUUUUCAGACUCAAAUCAGAUCACAGUCGUUGGUUGUGAUGAUUUGGCUUUGGUACAAUCAAAUAAUAGUUAUACCAACGGCAGUGUUGCUAUUGUGUCAUAUUGUACCCCAAGCAACAGUGAAUAUUCUGGUAGAAUCGGGUCAUGUGCGGACACUUAUGGCUGUUGCCGGGCCGUCGUAUCCAAAGGUGAUCGUCUCAUAGUUCAGUUGAUGGAUGCGCAUAGUAUUUGGUGGCAGAGGAAAAUUUUCGAUUGCAGCCUUGCGUUUGUUGGAAUAGACGGUCUUGAUUUCACUUUCCCUUUAAUUAAUCUCAAUGACCCAAAAACAUUCCAAAACAGUAAAGAGUUCAUGGAUAAGCCAUUAGUGUUAGAUUGGAGAAUUAUUGACAGAAAUUGCACCACACUAAAUUCCUCUCAUUCUCUUUGUGGAAAGAAUAGUUUUUGCAUUGACUUGGAUGACAGUUUUCGAGGAUCUCGCUGCAUGUGCAACAAGGGAUACAAGGGCAAUCCAUACCUUCAUUCAGGAUGCCAAGAUAUAAAUGAAUGCAACAAUAAUCCGUGCAGCCCAAAUCAAACAUGCAUCAAUGCUCCUGGCUCCUAUAAUUGUUCCUGCCCUGAUGGGUACUAUGCUGUUGGUAGAAAAAGUGGUACUAGUUGUCUUUUAGUGCCGCGGGUGUCCCAUUCCCAUAGCAAACUAACAAUAGUAUUAUGCUUGGGAAUUGGAAUGGGAUUACUACUAUUAUCAACUUGCUUUUGGUUGUACAAGUUCAUGAAGAAGAGAAAAAUCAAAAGACGCAAAGAAAAAUUCUUCAAACGAAAUGGUGGUCUCUUGCUACGACAACAAAUAUCAACGGAUGAAUGUAUACUUGAAAAAACACGACUUUUCACCAUUAAAGAGCUAGAGAUAGCCACUGACCUCUUCAAUGAAAGUCGAAUACUUGGUCGAGGAGGUCAAGGGACGGUUUAUAAAGGUAUGUUAUCUGAUGGAAAAAUUGUAGCAAUAAAGAAAUCCAAGAAAGUAGAUGAAAAUCAAGCAGGACAAUUCACUAACGAGGUAGUCAUGCUCUCACAAAUCAUUCAUAGGAAUGUAGUUAAACUAUUAGGAUGUUGCCUUGAAGCAGAAGUUCCUUUGCUAGUUUAUGAAUUCAUUCCAAAUGGAACACUUUUCGAUCUUAUCCAUGAUGAGAGUCAUGAGUUUCCAUUUUCAUGGAACAUGCGCUUGAAAGUUGCUGUAGAAGUGGCAGAAUCACUUGCGUAUCUACAUUCUGCAACUUCUAUUCCCAUCUAUCAUAGAGACAUUAAAUCGACCAACAUACUUCUUGAUGAAAAAUAUGUGGCCAAAAUCUCAGAUUUUGGAAUUUCAAGGUCAAUCACAGUGGAUCAAACUCAUCUAACUACAAUGGUAAAAGGGACAUUCGGAUACUUAGAUCCAGAGUACUUCCAGUCAAGUCAAUUUACAGAAAAAAGUGAUGUUUACAGUUUUGCAAUUGUUCUUGUUGAGCUCUUAACUGGACAAAGGCCAAUAUCUCUCGAUAGAACAGAAGAGGAGAGAAGUUUGGCAACAAGAUUUUUGUUAUGCAUGGAAAGAAAACAACCUGAAGCAAUUCUUGACAUUCAAGUUUUAGAGCAAGAUAAGAUAGAGGAGCUUAAUGCAGUGGCCAAACUUGCACAAAGGUGCUUAAACUUGAACGGGAAGAAAAGACCAACGAUGAAAGAAGUAGCCAUGGAGUUGGAGAGUAUUAGAAUGGGUCAAAUUCUUUCAAGUGCGUCUGAUACCAUUCCUCAAGGCGUACAUUUGUGCAAGUCAAAAUCAAUCAUGACUUCGGAUGAUGACUACACAUGGACAAAUACCGAUGACAACAUCAUAUCUUCCUCGAGUACAUCUCCUUUAAAGAUUCACACUUAUUGAUGCCUUCAGUGUUGUUUCUAAACAAUUUUCUCAUUUGUUUCUUUUUUUAGUUGUCACCUAAGAAACUAAAUAACAUUAAAGCGCAAUUUUCCAUAUCAAACAUCACUCCUCUGUAUUAACAUUUUGAAGUGCCCAAUUUGAGGUGGAAUUGUAAAUACUUUAGUGAAAAAUCCAUUU